CUCUGCUAACGAACAAACCCAACUCGAAUGAUAAAUUAGGCCCGCAGUCUCUGUUAACGAGCCGCUCCCCAAUGUUUUCGUCUGAGACUCCGUGAACAACCUUGGGUCGAGCAUCUGACCUCAUCUUUUACAUUUUCCAGCCGAAAUGAGAAGGCCUGCACGAUGACAGACAGUCUAGGCAGCAAGAGCGAUCACUCUGGACAAUCGAUCGUGCUGUCAGGCUCCCGAGCACGCAUGGACGUCGUUUGCGUGCUAGACCUGUGCCACUCGGAGAGACUACAACAGCGCAAAAAGGCCUGGGAUGCUGUCCGAAGCAGCUGUCUCUCCGUCAAUGCCAAUUGCUACCAUAUCCAGUUUGAGAAACUUGACUUUGGCGAGACCAAUGUCUUGGACCAAUUCUACAAUGCCGACGUUGCCAUCGUGGACCUGUCAAUUGUUAUGCAGCAGCGGACUCUCUUCUACCAUCUGGGGGUCCGUGAGAGCUUUGACAUGAAGGAGAACAUACUCCUCUACAAUGAUUAUGACUCGACGGUUACCAUGCCUCUGAAGCUGUCAUGUGGCAACUACACCUUCAUAUCAUACCGUACCCUAGAUGGGGGACAGUGUGUGAUGACAGAACCAAGCAUGAGAAUAGGCACAGAAGACAACUCGACCAAUGACUGUAAAAUACUCCUUUCCAAUAAACUUCGCAGACAGCUACAAGAUGUUGAGAUUCAGACAAAGGCCCACAUGAAAGAGAAGUUUUUGGCAGACUUGCGCAAAAUGAGGGAAGUUUUCUCAGGGGAAGAACUAAAGAAGCAAUUACAUAAUCUAAGGAAACGACUGGAUGACCCCAAUAUCCUCUCGGGUGAUGUUGUGCUCAACAUGCUGCUGUCACUGCGGGAGAUUCAGGACUAUGAUGCAAUGGUGCAGCUUGUAGAUGACCUCAAGACCAUCCCUAAUAGAAAAUUGUAUACCAGUACUCCAGCAAUUAGGUUCCUUUAUGGCUUUGCACUUAAUAGACGAAACAUGGAGGGUGACAGGGAGAAGGCAUUAGCCGUUAUCAUAAAAGCUUUAGAGAAGAAAGAAAAUCAAGUUCCGGACAUGGUGUGCUUAUGCGGCCGUAUUUAUAAGGAUAAAUUUGUAGAAUCCCAACACACAGACCAGGAAAGUUUGCACAAUGCCAUUUACUGGUACAGAAAAGGCUUUGAGGAACAGCCAAAUGAAUAUGCGGGAAUCAAUUUGGCAACUCUUCUUGUCAUCGAUGGCAAUGACUUCUCAAAAUCAGCUGAACUGCAGCAUAUUGGAAUGGUCCUCAACAAUCUCAUUGGCAAGAAGGGCUCACUGUCAUCUUUACAAGAUUACUGGGAUGUGGCAACCUUUUUCGAGAUCAGUGUGCUGGCAGAAGACUAUGGCAAAGCAAUCCAGGCAGCAGAGUGCAUGUUUAAGCUUAAGCCUCCCAAUUGGUACUUAAAGUCCACCAUCGGCAACAUCAUGCUCAUCAAUAGGUUCAGGAAGCGAUCAGAAGACAAUGAGCCAACUCCAGAAGAGAACAUCUUCAAUUUCUGGAUUGACUACUUUGUGGAGGGCACCAAGACAGAGUUGGGGGAUGUGAUCCGCUUUCCGAUUCUGAUAUUAGAACCAACGGGGAUGUACCAGCCAAGCUAUUAUUUGCCCAGCUAUGUGACUGUCAACCUUGGAGCGGAAGAGAAAAGCAUCCAGCUCUCAAAUCUCUGUAUUGACAGAAUGAAGGGAAUAUGUAGACGUGUUCAUGACUGGCUCUUCACAGCCAGCAGCAUCAAGUCAAUAACGUUGUACAAACGGGAUGAGCGUGCAGUGUUCCUAUAUGUGCAAGAAAACUCAGAUGACUUCCAGAUGUUCUUCCCAUCAGAGCAGUGUCGACAGAUCUUCUUCCGAUUGGUGCUAGAGCUGACAGCCAACCAGAAGGGGACUGUCAUGGACCUGGAAGCAGAGUUCUCCUCUGGGCCCAUUCAGUAUGAAUAUGAAUUAGAAGAUAGUGGAAAGCGCCUUGUACUAGGGAAAGGUACAUAUGGUGUAGUGUAUGCAGCAAGAGAUCUGAACACACAAGUCAGAAUUGCUGUGAAGGAGGUCCCAGAGAAAAAUAUAGGGGAAGUCCAACCUUUGCAUGAAGAAAUCAAGCUUCACUCUGAGCUCCGCCACCGUAACAUUGUGCAGUACCUAGGGACAGUGUCGGAAGAUGGUUUCUUCAAGAUCUUCAUGGAGCAGGUUCCAGGAGGGUCUCUCUCUGCUUUGCUUAGGUCAAAGUGGGGGCCCCUCAAGGAAAACGAAGCAACUAUUGCCUACUACACAAAGCAGAUCCUGGAAGGCUUGAAGUAUCUGCAUGAUCAGAAAAUAGUUCAUAGGGAUAUUAAAGGUGAUAAUGUUCUAGUCAAUACUUACACGGGAGUUGUCAAGAUCUCAGACUUUGGUACCUCAAAACGUCUGGCUGGAGUGUGCUUGAGCACAGAGACCUUCACAGGCACCUUACAGUACAUGGCUCCAGAAGUCAUUGACAAGGGAGCCAGAGGAUAUGGAGCUCCAGCAGAUAUCUGGUCACUUGGCUGCACAAUUGUGGAAAUGGCAACAGGGAAACCUCCUUUUAUAGAGCUUGGCUCUCCUGAGGCAGCCAUGUUUAAGGUUGGCUUAUACAAGAUGCACCCCGACAUCCCUGAACAACUGAGUGAAAAGGCAAACAGCUUCAUCCUGCGCUGCUUUGAGCCCGACCCCAAUAAGAGGGCGACUGCGGCCCAGCUGCUAGAAGACCCGUUCCUGACUGAGUACGACACAUUGGGAAGGAAAAAGAAAGGCAUGCGGCUGACAAACCAGCAGGAAUUCUCUCGCAGUGUGUCUGUCCCAGCAGACCGCAGCAUCCGGCAGCAUGGCGAUAAAUGCCGUCUGGCCAGCUCUCCCGACGAUGGCCUAGAGUUCGGGUAUGGGUAUGGCUCCCGUUGCAACACAGCUGGCAGUCCCAGUGUCUCCCCAGCCUCCCCCUCCUCCUACCUCUCAUCUCUCUCAUACACCAGCUCAGUUAUGACUGGUUCUGAUCUCGACGAUGCUCUCAUGACCCGACGUUCCUCAAGCAGCGGUCUUCUCUCGCCCGAUGUGGAGUCACCAAGGACGGAUGGGGAGCAGGAUGGAUUCUACCUUCUGAAAAAAGAUUCUCAACGACGGACAACUCUCACCAAAGUGUUGGUUCACGAUCAACAGAAAAUUGUUCAAAUUUGGUUCCAGCGUCUGCAGCAGGAACUGGGCAGUGCCAAGUUAUUACUCACUCAGGACCAGUUGGUGGUUAUAAUGGUUGGCCUGCGCGAGUACAUCCCAGAGCAAAAGAAAUUAGCCAUAGAGCAAGCUUUUGCAGCCCUCAAGAAUGAGACCGAAUUCGAGGAGACAGUGAAUCAGAUACAUUUAGCGCUUUACACUUUCCAAGAUGCUGUGAAUGAGGUUUUGAAGAGUCACAGCAUAAAACCUCACUGGAUGUUUGCCCUUGACAAUCUUGUGAGGAGCUCUGUUCACUGUGCCAUCACUGUUCUCUCUCCAGACCAUGAGAGCCUACUAGGUUCCCCAGAUGAGAACAUUGGCGUGUUGGGGGGGAGCCCUGGGAGACCACGUGAUGCAGUUGAGGAAGGCAGCACUUCAGGUGUUUCUACCAUCAACUCUACUAAGUCGGCCAAGCUGCUACAUGACUUCCACCACUCAAAACAGUGCCACCAGCUGCAGGAGAAAUUCCAAGCAGCCAGGGCGGAGAAUCUCAGGUUGCUAGAAGAGCUCUCUCUGGCAGAGAAACGGUAUGGGGACCUGUUGCAGAUGUACCUGUCUGACCGGCGUGAGCAGAGCCGCCUCCUGGCUGAGCAGUUGGGGCUGCCCUCACCACCUGUUCUUAAGCCAGAGGAGAGCAAAGGGGAGGGUGACACUGUGGCUGAGAGCACAGAGAAUAUCGAGAUUGCAGGGAACACUUGUAGUAAGAGACGCUGUGUGGAAGUUCGAGGAGAAGAGCUCGAAUCGCCUGCUGGUACCAUGGGGUCACAAUCAAGUGCUGAGACGGUGACUGGAGAGAGUAUUCCUGAGGAUGCUGCCUCCCCAUCGCUUGCCCACAAUCCUCAUGAACCCCCCAUGAUCCACGUGUCCUCUCGCAACAUCGAUAUGGAGUUGGUUGCUUGGCUUCAGGCACUGUCAAUUGAUCGUGAUGUUAUCGAUAAGUUUCUAGCUGAGGACUAUACCAAAGAUGAUGUUCUUCUCUGGAUGACUAGAGAUGACCUCAGGAGAAUGCAGAUGAGAGGGGGAGUGGAACUGCGCAUUUGGCGUAAUGUGGUGCAGUACCGCCACUCUCAGGGCCUGCCAGUCAAUCCUGAAGAGCCCACUGCAUCUUGCAACACCCCCAAAUCAAGCUCCUCUGACUCAAAACCCCGUUCAACCAAGUUAUGAAAGAGGGUUGUGUGCCUGUGCUGGUGGUGAAAGAGUCACAGGUUCUUGUGGGAAAAUUAAGGAAGGAUUUUUGCAGGAGGCACGUUAAUACCUCCUGCUUUUUUUAGGUUUUUUGGAUUGAAAGAAAAAUAUAGUAUUCUGAUUUAGCAUUGUUAAUAAUGAUAUAAAAAAAAUAAAAAAUAAUGAAGGUAAAUAUAAUGAGCUUCUUCGACAGUGCAUUCAGUAAACUUCUAGAGCACACAAUUUAAGGAGCAGGAGCCGCCAAGGGAUAUAUAAUGCAUUACUUUUGUUUAAUUGCACUAAUUGCAUAUCCUCAACCUCUAGCAUUGGGUCAGAGGGUCACAUGGAGUCAGAUAUAAUUUGCUUCAUAUGGUGCUAACAGUACAUAGUGUUUAUGGCAGUUUCAAUAACUGUGUGUUUCUGUGUGCAAGAACCUGAGGAUGUAUGUGUUUUCUCCUUGUGUGAGUGUGUUUUGUUUUCCUUUGCUUGCUUAUAAUAUAUGGUGCUGGAUAUGCCUGACAGAGUUUUGGCAUUGGUUAUGUGUUAAUUUUUGAAUGUCAUCAUAUGUGUUAGUUUUACAAGAUAGAAGAAAGUCUAUGGAGAAAAUAACUGAAAAUUUACUUUAUUUAUGGGGAUAAGAAGGAAGGAUGCAGCUUGCAUUUGAUCAAUUGAACAAAUCUCAUAUAUAAAGAUAAUCUUUCCAUUACUCUGAUAAUAGUUCAGGGAACAUUGCAUGUUCUUUUUCAUUUGCUGUUUGAUGUGAAAAUUGUAAAAAUAAAAGCCUUAAAGUAAAUGAUAAGCACAUUUUGUAUGUUGAUUGGAUAUAGGCAUUUUAUCUCACUUAUCAAAUCAUGAGAGAUGUGAAAUUUUAGUUCUUUGCAAAUGAAGAUUUAUAUUUUGAUGUUUUGUGUUUUGAUAUAUAUAUAGAUAUAUAUUGUAUAUAGGACAGAGAGAGAAACAAAAAAAAUAUGGAUAUAUAGAUAUAUAUAUUAUUAUACAAUAUUAGAUUAUGCAAUAUUAGAUUAGAUCUGGCUCCAUAUGAACACAGUAAUGGCCACUAAUCUACAAUAGUAUUUUUAUAAUAUAGUAACCAGUAAUUGAAUGAUACUGUGUUUGCCCUCUCUUGGGGUCAUCAUAAGGUGGAGGAAAAAUGUUGAUAAAACAUUUCAACCAUAACACCAAGCCCCUUCCGUGAUAUGUGACGAUCUGACUUGGAGACAGUAAUGCUUUAGGGUUGCAAUUUUAGCAUGUCUGUCUCUGGAAUAAAGAUGGUGAAAAAGAGAAGUAUAUCAGUUUGUACUGGUUUUCUUCUUUUUAGGUUAUAUUUAAAGUAAUUGGUAAAGAACAGCUUAUUUGCUUUCCCAAACCAACACUGCCAAGGUUCUUCCUUAAUUAGAUACACAGAGGUUAGCUGUGGAAACUCAUUUCCUUUGAGACAGUAUGUCUGAUAGGUAGUUAUAUUAGUACAUAUUAAUAAUAGAUGCAAUUCAUGUUGCUGGUUUUAUUGUAUUGGGAAAAUAGAUGGAGUGUCGAAGGGUGUUAUCAUUAAUAUUUUUCUGUUUUACAAAAAAAUAAUUAAGGAAGGUUUUCCAUUGUGUGGAUCCUAAAUUGACUAACAUCUGCAACAAAAAACUUAGUAUUGUUUUGAUUAGGAAAUGUUUGAAAAAGUGAAGGGCAGUUGUCUCUUGUGUGUGUGUGUGUGUUUCUUUUUUCUUUCUUCUUUUCUUUUCUUUUUUUUAUGCAAAGAAAUUGAAAUUUUGUGUGUGUAGUUAUAGUUCAUUAGAUUACUAUUCUUUGCUUGUACAUAGACAUUAUUCUCAUGAGGUAUCAUGUGGUACAUUUGAUAUUUUCUUUGGCAAUUUCUUGGGACUAGACUGAUUCCUAGGCUCACUUCUCAUCAAGUGAGUACCAUUGAAGAUUUGCAAGUGGCAAACCUUGCCAGCUCCUUUCAUUGGUGUCCUCCCUCUAGUGCUGUGAUUAUUGGGCAGUGUUGAUUCCUCAAUACUUCACAGUUCCUGACAAUAUGUGCUUUAUUAGUCAUUGCCUUUUAUUUUCUGUAAGGUGAGGAGGGAAUAGGUCUAUAUAUAUUUUUUUUUUCCCUUGAUUUCGUUUUAAGUCCCAUUUCGACACUUAAGUAUGGCUCCUGCUUUAGUUAGUGAUUUGUUAGCAAUUUUCUCAGCAUCGUAUGCAAAGUUUAUCUGUGAAUUCUCAUUUAACUUGAUAUUAAAUAUACUUUUAGAUCUUAGAGCACUUCUAUCUAAAAUAUUUAUGUAGGCGUCGUAAUAGAGUUGCAAACCUUGAUAUGUAUAUUUUCAGAUAUGCAGUAGUACAAAUAAAUAGAGGCAGAUGUUAUAUUUGAUUUUUUUUUCUUUUUCUUUUUCUUUCUUUUUCUUUUGUAUAGGAAAGAUGAUUACAUGUGGAUUGUAGGUAAAGAAGAUGUAGCUUUGCAGUCUUCAAGACUCUCCACACUAAAUAAUAUCUAUUUUAUAGUUACUGAUGUUUAUUUUGUUCUCACUACUCUACUCUUUGAAAAGCUUUCAUGUAUAUUAGGCUGUUUCUUUUUUAUGCUAGACAUGUUAUGGCACAUUAUAUGUAUUCACACCUUGGCUUUCAAAAUGAGGUUUUUAUUCAUUUUAACAUAGAACUGCCCAGGUAUGCAACAGCUAUUUCCAUUUCUUCUUGAGGAUAAGAAGUCAUGCCUGUUGAUAGUUUCAUGUGCCAUAUAAUCAGAAAAUAGGUACUGACUGUAGAUAAUGAAUUUUAUGACUGAGUUUGUGUAUUUUAUAUUUAGUGCUCAAUACUAUCUUGCCAAUGACUCUCUAGGUGCAACUACAUUGCCUUAUGGUUGCGCCCUAUCUGCAAUUAACUGUAUUUUCAUUUAUUUUAAUAGUUAAGCCUUCAUGUCACUAGGCUGAAGCCAGUCCCUGUCUGGGUUGCAAGGUCAUUUAUGUAGCCUGAUUACAGUUGUGCUAAAUUAUUAUUGGAGAAAGUGUGAUAAAAUAUAUGGAAAUUAUUUGGAUCAUAGGUACUUUACAAAAAAAAAAAAAAAAAAAAAAAAAAAUGCUUAGACUUGUUUUAGUGUUGACUUUGAUAGUAAAGGUUAUGAAUAUUUAGAUCUUCAAACUAUGACCACUUUCAAAUUUUGUUUCUUAUCCAUAAUAUGCAAUCAAAUAUUGUUUGUUAACCAUUACUGUGCAUCUAUUCUUGCCAUAAAGAGCUGAAGCCAAAUGCCGAUUGGCACAGACACGCACAAUGCAAAGCCAGUCAACUCCAAGCUGUGUGCCCUAAACAGGUGUGCACUUUUUUGCCUCUGAGUGUGGCAAUUUAGGAGCUAUAGCCAAGUGCACUGGCAAAUAUGUGCUCCCCAAGCUUCUGAUUUUUAGCUGACUGUGUGUGUGUUGCCCAGCGCAUAGCUUGGUUUGGUGAGCAGAAAUCCCCCUACUAUUGAGUUGAAUAAACCACUAUAUUCAUUAUGUACUUUAUGUAUGUGAACGACUUGCUUCUAAAACAAAAAUGUUUUUAUACAUGUUCAGUUGUUGAGAUGAAUUUAUGCUCUACUUUUGAAGCAGCAUUUGAGGUAAAUGAUUUUUGUUUUUGGUUUUUACUCUUGGUAAAUCAAAUUUAACUCCUUGCUGAUGGGUCACGCGCUGAGGCGUCAUAACAAACCGCUCAAUCUGUGGAGUGUGGCUGUACACCGUGGCGACGAGCCAAAGCGCUAAGAGCCGUGGGGUUCAGCUUGAUGUACUGAACUCCCGUGCUCAAAGUAGGCUCGUUUCCAUUAAUCUCCAGCAUAGAGUUUUUUAUUUUAUUUUCUUCACCCAUCAGUAAGGGGUUAACCCAUUCAUGCUGGGUGCAAUGAUAAUCCACAGACACCGGUUAACAUCUAACAUGUCAUGAACCUGUUUCCUUUUGGCCAGGGUGACAGCUUGUGAGCCGGACAACAAUGGUCCAUGUGUGGAGCAGUAUAUGGUGAUGCACCCUAGCCUUGCUAAACAUUACCCAAAAUUUUGCCCAGUCGUGAAUGGGUUAAGUCUGCUAUUUUUGGAUUCAGAUGCAUAUUGAUUACAAUGAGUUCAUGAGAUUAAGGAUUAAACUGGCAUGAUAUCAAUGUCUGUGUGUAUAUAUAGUGACUUACCUCAAAUAUAUUUUGAAAAUUUAUGCUGUUGAGUUAGGAAAGUGUAAAUUGAAGGUAUUUAUUUGUGUAAUAACUUAAAAUUAGAGUAUAAAAAGAUUCAGAUGUAAUACUCCUGAACUACAAUCAUACGGACUGUAAACAAAAAAUAUUCAAUAUCUUAGUAGUUUUUGGAGUGCUGGUUAAAUACAAGUCAAGCACUUGUUUUACAGACAGUAUAUGUUGAGAUUCAAUCAUAACACUACAGAGUGAAACUUGCCACAGAUCAGGUUAAUUACUGGUGUUAAUCCACUUGUUGCAAUAACUGAAGAAGAAUUUAGAGGCUUUAUAGAAUAGAAUUCAAUACUCUGGGUUCAAUUUUCUAGCAUGGUAAUCUUCUGUGAAGAAUGUUUAUUUAGUAUGAAUUUUAUGUACAAAGGUAUAUUUCAUUUCUGAUCUUUUUUUUUUAUUUAACUUUCUUUUUUCUUUUUGUCAUUACAAAAGACAACUAACGACACAGGUCUUUAGUCUCUAUACGUAUUAUUCCUUCAUUGCUAUUCUUCAGUAUUGUUGAGUCGGCCAAAGUGGAGGUUAUUGGAAGCACAUCUGCAGAGGGAAGAUACAUGAAACAUUUAAUUAAAACGUAUAGGAAGCCAUUGCUCAAAUUUGUGAUGAAGCAGUGUUACAGACAUGAAGAAACCAACCACAAGGAGUAUUGUUUGUUGGAUUUUUUUUUUUUUUUUCCUUUUUAAGGGAAAAGUAUCAUAUAUAUAUAUUUUUUAUUGUGUAUUUUUGGAUACAUUUUUGUCUUUACUGGGAGUAUUUGUCGGUAAAUAUUUUUCAGAACCAUAUCAUGGUAUAUUACUCUAAAGUUGUUUCUUUAUCCCACUUUCAGGUUAAUUAUUGAUCCAGAGUUUUUAAUGAUAUGAAGUUGUGGUUGUUUUGUGUUUUAAAGUUGUGAGUGAAACAGUUUUAUUUUUAGGAGUGGGCACACUUGUGUUUAAUUAGUUCCCAAACAAUAAUGUUUAACAAAGUUUUGUGCCAUUUUGUAAGUUCGGAAGUUUUACUUUAGAAGAUCAUGCUUUUGAAGGAUAUGGUGUAAGGAAUCUCAUGUAUUGAGGCUGUAAUAAAAAAUUUGUUUUUCA